AUGUCCCUCGGGACUUUCUUGCAGGAUGAGAAUUAUGGAUCCUGGGCCGAUGAGAUGGAGGACAUGCCACUUCCUUCCACCGAGUCGCGCUCUGGUUACGGGGGUGAACGACGAGCUUUCAGCAGCACCACGGGCAUGGGUAAUGGCUACAAUGACCGCAGAGACGGAUAUCCACCACGAGAGCAGCUGCCACUUCCCACCGAGCCUCCCUACACUGCUCAUCUUGGCAAUAUGUCAUUCGAUACAACUGAAGUCGAAGUCAGUGAGUUCUUCAAGGACUGUCAGGUUACGAAGGUCAGGAUUGUGGAAGAUAAGAUGGACCGAAAACCUAAGGGGUUCGGCUAUGUGGAAUUCGCGACUUUGGAUGGGCUAAAGAAGGCACUAUCAUACGCAGGAUCGAGUCUUGCAGGUCGAACAAUCAGAGUCAGCGUUGCGGACCCCCCGAAAGAACGGCAAGAUGGACGUGACUUCAGCGAUUGGUCAAGAAAAGGCCCGCUUCCGGACUUGCCAGCUCAACAGCGAAGAGUCUCGGACCGCCCAAGCUUUCCGAAUAAAAGUUUUGAUAACACAUCUGAUGCGGGAAGCGAUCGAGGAAGUCGACGACAAUUUGAUCAGGGAGACGGAAAGGUGCGAGACUUCUCGAAUUGGGAGCGAAAAGGACCUUUGUCACCGGCCAUAGCAGCUGUUCCCCCUUCAUUAAGCGAAGGAGGACGCCAACGGAGCAAGGAUGGUCCGGCAUUCAGAAAAAGCUCACCAGCUUGGGGAGAAGGUACUGGCCGAUCUCAAGAUGGAGCUCGACCAUCAAGGCGGGAGUAUCAGGAAAAGCCCCCAGUUGAGCGACCUCCCAUGGCCUCGGAGCUUGACAAUCAGUGGCGAUCGAAAAUGCGACCCGACGCACCUGCAAAGUCGCCAACGCCUUCUCGCGACCCUAGCAAUCCACCUUCUCCAGCUCCUGCUACCCGCCCAAAGUUGAAUCUUCAGAAGAGGACUGUUUCAGAGGCUGAGCCAGGUUCAUCACCUGCUACAACUACUCUAGCUUUGGAAUCAAAAGCAAGCCCGUUCGGUGCCGCCCGUCCCGUGGACACAUCCGCCAAAGAAAAGGAGAUUGAAGAAAAGCGGGAGAUGGCUAUUCGCCAAAGGAGGGAGGCUGAAGAGAAAGCCAAAGCGGAGAAGGCGGAGGAGAAGCGUCUAGCAAAAGAAGCCAAAGACAAGGCACUGGCAGAGAAGGGUUCGAAGGAAGCCGGUCCUACCGCGGACGAAGAUAAUGGCACCGAGAAAAACCCAGCAGGCAAACACCUUGAGAUACUGCGACGUGCUAGUGAAAACGAAAACGGAAUGGAAGCGGAUGAGGAGGAAGCCGAGGGUGACGCACCCGUUGCUCCUACAGAUGACAAAGCGGUAAAGCCCAAAGAGAUUGUGCGAGAUGCACCUCCUGCUAGGGGGGCAGGAGGCGCUUGGAGAGGCCAACAUGCACAGGGAAGUGGACCGUCUGCUGAAGAUACCGCGAAAAGCAUGGACGAAGACGGAUGGAGCACAGUCUCCAACACGAAACCACGCAAUAGUCGACGCACAAAUCAAGCUGCACGGGCCGUUGCAUCGUGA